UGGGACCAGCUGCUCUAAAUUCUGUACCCUGCAGUAUUUUUCCGCGUUCCCCACCGACCUCACAUUCCCCAGCCUCGGCUGCCUCUUUCCAGAAAACUUUUUCCAUCUUCAUCAGAUACUAACAAGUACACUUAAAGGUUUUACGAGGCUUUUUUUCAGCGACACCCAUGGGAGAAAUGACGGAGGAAAAGAAUUGUUCGGAACUUAUUACUCAGAUAUUACAAGAGGCGCCGGCUGCCAGGAAGGACCUUGUUGAUAACUGCAGCAACCUCCACCGAGUGGCAGAUUACUGCGAUAACAAUUAUGUUCAGGCAGAAGAUCAAUCCAAGGCGGUUGAAGAGAUCAAGGUUUUGGUGAACCAGUCGCUGGCCAGUGUGACCUAUCAGAUUAACAAUGUGGCCAGCUCUGUGCUGAGACUGCUGGACUUACAGGCCAGGCAGAUUAAAGACAUGGAGUCCUCCAUCAACCUGCUGUCACUGGAUGCAGCUAUCCACUGUGAAAAGGUGGCCAGGAGAGAGAUCGGUGUGUUCACUACCCCCAAAAAUAAGACUUUUUCCAAGCCUAUGACCCCACCAGCUUCAGGCAAGGAGCCCAAGGAAGCCUACUCAAGGGAGCCAAUCUCGUACUUCACACUGGACAACAUAGGACACAGUUUUCAGGUCACUGAAGCGCCCAGAAAGAGAGCAGGAACUGCAGACAGCAUACAGAGCGCUGCAGACACCUCUUUCUCCAGUCACGGCAUUGCUGUGCCACCACCCUCAGUCCCCACCAACAACAGCCUGCCUCCUCCUCCUCCGGCCUCUUCAGCCUGUUUGGACCCCGACCUGCCUGCUCCCCCGCCGCCUCCCUCUUUCUCCAUGGACACUGACCUCCCCCCUCCGCCCACCUUCCCCUCGCUCACAGAUCUCCCCCCGCCUCCCCCUUCACCUCCCCCUCCACCAGCUAUAAGCCCGUCAAGCACCUUCCCGUCGCCACCUCGUCCCGUAUCUGCAGGUUCCCCUCUUCCUCCUCCGCCUCCUCUUCUGUCAGCACCACAUCUCAACACUGGCACCUCUGUUAAUGUGCCGCCACCGCCGCCACCGCCUCCCCCGCCUCCCCUAAGACUGUAACAUUACAGUGUGUCUUGUACUUGGUAGAAUAACUUCUCAUAUUACUUGCAGUUACUCAGACUGUGAACAAGGACGUGAGAUCAACAUUCAUUUUGUUUCGUUUUUUAGCUUGAGAGCUUGCAGUGGUUUACAGCCUGUUGAAUGGCAGUUCUGUUGGUACAGACAGCCGCUCUACAGAUUCCUCCAACAUGUCUCAACAACACCUCGACUGCAUUCCUUAAAAACAAGCUGAAACAGGGAUUCUUGCUCUCCCUUGUCUGCUUAUCCCCCCACCCCAAAAUGUGAUUUCCUUUCCUUAUUACACCUGCAUAUUGUUACCUUUAAUGGCAGUGGACUUUAGCCCAGCGCAGCUGUCAAUAUACUGUGUAGCAAGAGCAUAACUGAUGAUAAGUUGCGUCAAUAGCUCCAAUCUAGGUGAUUUCUGCUUCUUAAACAAGGCUGUACAUUGAUAUAAGUCAACAUUCUGCUUAACCUACAUAUAGCUGAAGGUAAGCUUUAUUUUAAAAAUGGAAAUAAUUUGAUGAAUCUAUUAGUAAUGGAUUUUGUUGAGCGAGGCCCAUAUCACGAGGAGAAGCCACACUCAGCCUGUGUCAUUACAUGUCAUUCAAAAUGAAAAAUAAAUGUUUUGUAAUUGUC